UGUGCCCGGUGCUUCCCUCUGCUCCAGGAGGAUUUCGGGCUCUGCAGGGAGCGCCCAGCACGGAUGAGCCGGCACUCUUCUCUUAGGAAACGCCACCAGCUCCUCACAGCACGGAAGCCCAGCAUGAAUGGGAACUGUGCUGGGGGCACAGACUGGGUGAGAAAUCUGGAGUCCAGUUGUCCUGUGGAAAACAGAACUGUAGCAGCCCAUGAGUCAGAAGAAAGCUCUGUGGUGUUAGGAGGUCACAGCCCUGCAGUUCCCAGGACUGAGGGUUUGGAUUCUGAAUGCCGACACAACGCUUGCCCAGUAAAUCCCCAGAUCUGUAGCAUGCUGUCUGCUCCUGAAGAGCCUCACAACUGCCAUAUCCCAGAUGGAAAUAAGAGACAGCUGGAAUAUUUUAAUGCCCAGGAACGCCAUGGAUGCUGUGCAUUGUCUUCAAGCAGCAAUUCCCAGACAGUAGCUCCAGAGAAAGUGACCCUGGUGGUGGAUGGCACCCGCUUUGCAGUGAAUCCCCAGAUCUUCACUGCUCACCCUGACACCAUGCUGGGAAGGAUGUUUGGGCCAGGCAGAGAAUACAAUUUCACCCGGCCAAACGAGAAGGGCGAGUACGAGAUCGCAGAAGGGAUCAGCUCAGCCGUGUUCCGCACCGUGCUGGAUUAUUACAAAACCGGAAUCAUUAACUGCCCUGAUGGGAUUUCCAUCCCAGACCUUCGAGACACAUGUGAUUACCUCUGCAUAAACUUUGAUUUCAACACAAUCAAAUGUCAAGAUUUAAGUGCUCUGUUACACGAGCUGUCCAACGAUGGGGCUCACAAGCAGUUUGACAGCUACCUGGAGGAGCUGAUCCUGCCCAUCAUGGUGGACAGCGCGCGCAAGGGCGAGCGCGAGUGUCACAUCGUCGUGCUGACCGACGAGGACACCGUGGACUGGGAUGAGGAUCAUCCACCUCCCAUGGGAGAGGAGUAUUCACAAAUCCUUUACAGUUCCAAGCUGUACAGAUUCUUCAAGUACAUUGAGAACAGGGACGUGGCAAAGGCUGUGUUGAAGGAACGGGGUCUGAAGAACAUUCGCAUUGGCAUCGAAGGGUACCCCACGUGCAAGGAGAAGGUGAAGAGGAGGCCUGGUGGCCGCUCUGAGGUGAUCUACAACUACGUGCAGCGUCCCUUCAUCCAGAUGUCCUGGGAGAAGGAGGAGGGCAAGAGCCGCCACGUGGAUUUCCAGUGUGUGCGCAGCAAAUCCCUGACAAACCUGGUCACAGUGGGGGAUGAUGUCUCAGAGGACCACGAGGUUAUCAUGCAUCACCCCCCACAGGUGGAUGAACUGGACAGGCUGAAUGCCCCCUUCUCCCAAAUGGUUGUUAAUGAUCUACCAGAUUAGUGUGGCUCAGGGUGGAGAAUCCUGCUGGAGGUGGGAAGUUCUCACCACAGUUUCAUCCCAGGUGAUGGGACACAGACUCCUGCCAGGUGCUUUAUCCUCGUUCAUGCUCUUACUACGUUGUCAUAUUUCAAGCAUGUUAAUAAAGAGCCACACUCCAUAGUCUUAAUUGUGCAAUCAAAAGCAACAUCUGCUCAGACAAAAAGGAAAUGACCUGUUGUUUCUACUACAAAGGCUUCCGGAUUGUGGGUGCUGAAUAUUUUAUCUAAACUUCUGAAAGAAGAGCACAAGUGUGAAAAUGUCUUGUGGGACAUGAGAGAGGAAAUUCUGGGCCUGUCAAGACAAAGCUUUCCUUUGCCAUGAGGCACAGCUUUGUUUUUGGGAGUUACAGAGGAGUGAACAUCAAAGCAGGACAGAUGAUAUUCUAUAUCAACCAGCAGAAAUGUAGCACAGUGUGACAGCAAAGCCUGAGCAUGGAGGAAUCUGUUUGCACUGCCACCUGGCUUUGGAUCCAGCGUGGUGUACUGCUGCCCUAGGAAGGAGGAACCAGUUCCAUAGGAGGCAUAUUCACAGGAAUUCCCCAUCUGUACUUCUCUGUGAGAUGGAAUCAUUGUUUUUAGAGAUGUUUUCUGUUAAGUCCAGUAAAAUGAGUAGAUCAUGCUGAAGGAAAACCCAAAAAAGACUGUAGCUGAUAUUUUACCAAUAAAAUCAAUCUGUUAAUAGCCACAUAGGUGUAAGAAGCUUUCUAGAGGUGACUGUGCAUACUGAAGACUUUGUGUUGUUUUCUCCAUCCCCCUGCUAAGACAAACAAAGCCAGUGAAGGAGCUCCCAGUUUACUACCUGAGUAAAAUCCUUGGUCUCAUCAACUUUAGUCAGAAUUGCUGUAGACUCUCCAAGGAGCUGCUGCAGCAGCUUUUUAAAGCCAGCUGCUUUCUUCCCAAUUUGGAACUGACUGGGCCAUUUUUCUGUCAGGCAGGUAAGAAAUACCAAUAG